AUGAAUUCAAUAAAAAAUCAAAUACAACUAACACUGGAUAAGUUAAGUAAAUGGAGCCUCGAAACAGGUUUCACUUUUUCUCCGAACAAGACCAAAUACAUACUUUUCUCCCGUCAAAGAAAAACAACCAAACCUAUAAUUAAAUUUGAAAAGACAACACUUGACUACUGCGACAAUGUUAAAAUUCUUGGGUUAACAUUUGAUAAUAAACUCAACUGGUGCCAACACAUCAAACUGUUAAGAAUCCAUACGCUCAAAUCAAUUAAAAUUAUAAAAWCAAUAGUUCACACCGAAUGGGGAUCUGAUGCAGACAGUCUAAUUAAAAUAUAUAAAACCUUAAUUAGAUYGAAAAUUGGUUACGGUUCAAUAGUCUACGGAGCGGCUAACCGUAGAACCAUGCAAAUGCUAAAUACAAUAGAAAAUUUCGCCAUUCGCUUAUCUUUAGGUGCAUUUAAAAGUAGCCMAGUGCCAAGCAUAUUGUGUAUGGCUGGAGAACCUCCUCUUUCUUUAAGAAGAAAACAGCUCGAAACCAAGUACAUUUUAAAAAUAGCCAAACACCAAGAGAAUCCAGUGUACAAAAAAAAUCUUUAA